AUGUAUCGGAAGUUGUCUAAGUUAGAACACUCGGAAAUAAAACAACUUCUUACAGAAGCUAAUAUAGAUGUUGCAAAGCAUUACGCAACAAACAAAAAAGCACUCGCUGACAUCCUCAAUGACUAUAAUGGUGCAAUAAGUUAUGAUAGAAUUCAUGAGUUCAUAAAGCCGCAACGCGGCGAGGACGAAGUCCAUGCAAGAGCAUUUCCUUUAAAUGACGUUGCUAUUGACUUAUAUCAUAGACGUUCAGUACCUCAUGAAGUAAGAAGAGAAAUGUUUGACAUAACAAAUGCAAACGUUGGUGAAACAAGAAGAAGAGACGACACACUGAAACAACAGAGAAGAGAGAUGUUUAAGAGCGCUAUAGAACAAGUUCGCAAAGCUAACGAUGUCAUUCGUUCCAUUGACGACAAACCAAAAGAAGGUGAGAGAUGGUUAAAGAAAGAUGAAGAGAAUAGGAAGAGAAAUGUGAAGUCAGGCAA